UGUCCAUGUGUGUGAAUCAGAUGCUUUUACUCUCAUCUGCCCUACUACUCCCUCUCAUUCUCUUAUAACCCAUUUCCAUUUCAAUCAAACCUCUCAUCUCCUUCAUUUCAAUCCAUUUCUGCUUGGGUUCGUGUUUUCGCUCGUCUCCCAGAUCUGUGGUGAUUUCGAGUUUUGUUGAUGGUUUUGGUUAUGGGACUCAAUUUUCAGUCCAACAGAGCUGGAGCUCUUGCUGGUGUUUUUGUGCUGCUUGUUCCAGUUUUUCUACCGGGUUUGUUUAGCCCUUUGGGGCAUGCUUCUCCUUCCACGUUCUCGGAAUGGAACACUCCAAAGCCCAGGCACUCGCGUCUGCUGAAGAGUGCUUUACAACGCCGAAGUUCAAAACUGGAUCAGUCUGAUUUAUGGGCUCCUUUGGCUGAUGAAGGAUGGAAGCCUUGUGUUGCUUCAAAAGCUUCCUCAGUACCAUGGAAGAGUGAAGGAUAUAUCCAGGUGUUUCUUGAUGGAGGGCUGAACCAACAAAGAAUGGGAAUAUGUGAUGCAGUAGCUGUUGCAAAAAUUCUAAAUGCAACCCUUGUGAUUCCCUACCUUGAGACUAAUCCUGUCUGGAAAGAUUCAAGUUCUUUCAUGGAUAUAUUUGAUGUAGACCACUUUAUUAAUGUGUUGAAGGAUGACAUUUCUAUAGUUAAAGAACUGCCAGCUGAAUUUUCUUGGAGUACUAGGGAAUAUUAUGCUACAGCCAUUCGGGCUACUCGAGUCAAAACAGCUCCUGUUCAUGCCUCAGCCAACUGGUAUCUUGAAAAUGUCUUACCGGUACUACAGAGCUACGGUAUCGCUGCCAUUGCACCCUUUUCACACCGUCUAACGUUUGAGAACUUGCCUGAUGAGAUACAAAGGCUGCGCUGUAAGGUCAACUUUCAAGCAUUAUUUUUUGUUCCUCAUAUCCGAGCACUAGGAGACGCUCUCAUCGGUCGGCUGCGGUAUCCUUCGAAUAAGAGUGGAGCAAAGGAGGCUAACCACCCAAGUAUGACCACUGUUGCAAAUGAUCAAGGUCCAUUGAAGUUUGUUGUUCUACACCUUCGAUUCGACAAGGACAUGGCAGCUCAUUCAGCCUGUGAUUUUGGCGGGGGGAAAGCUGAAAAACUUGCUUUAGCCAAAUAUCGUCAAGUGCUCUGGCAGGGAAGGGUCCUUAACUCUCAGUUCACGGACGAGGAGUUGCGGAGUCAGGGGCGUUGCCCAUUAACACCUGAAGAGAUUGGUCUGCUGUUGGCUGCUUCGGGUUUUGACAACAAUACUCGUCUAUAUCUGGCCUCCCACAAGGUAUAUGGUGGGGAAGCUAGGAUUUCGACUUUGCGGAGUCUUUUUCCAUUAAUGGAAGACAAGAAGAGUCUCACUUCUGGAAGUGAACUAGCCCAAAUCAAAGGAAAGGCUUCUUUGCUAGCUGCGGUUGAUUACUAUGUAAGCCUGCACAGUGACAUUUUUAUCUCGGCUUCUCCUGGAAAUAUGCAUAAUGCAAUGGUGGGUCAUCGCACGUACGAGAACUUGAAGACCAUACGACCAAACAUGGCAUUGUCGGGACAGCUUUUCAUGAACAAAAGCAUCAUUUGGUCAGACUUUCAGCAGGCUAUUGUUGAAGGCCACAAAAACAGACUAGGACAAAUAAGGUUGAGAAAGCCAAAGCAGUCAAUAUACACAUAUCCAGCUCCUGAUUGUGUUUGCCACAAUUGAAAUGAUGUUCUUAUUCCACUUUCUAUCACUAAAACAGACCAUGCGUAACGGUGUAAUACUAUUUGUAGUAGCGGUCCUUCUUUAUAUAUGGUAUUAUCAAUCGGAAGUUCCUCUCCUGUCAUCCUCAUCAUAUGAUGUUUCUAAAAACCAGGGCGAGGAACUAUCUUAGUUUUGUAAAGAUGUGUAGUAUGCUAUUCUCUUUGAUUAUCGACAAAUUAUCUCAAUGUAACGAGUUACUCCUGUAUAAAGAAUUGUUUAUGCAAA